CAUUAAAUUAAUCCUAAAACCUCUCCCCAGCAAAUGGGUUGCUUUGAAAUUGAACUCUUUCACCGUCUUCCUCUGCCUCUUAAUGGCUUCUCUCCUCAAUAUUGUCUGCAUUCGCAUUUCUGUAUUUAUAAUAUUUUCUCUCUCUUCUUUAACUCCAACUUCCUGGGUUGCUCUCUGUUUAUGAGCCCCUUGAGACUUUGUGGUUUGAUAAUGAUUUCAGUUCUCUUCUUACAAUAGCCGUCUUCUUCUUUCACUUCCUUGACUUGACGACUUCGACUGGCCCGAGACUUGAGAUUUUGAAAGGUUCUGAUCCAUGUCCAAGGGGAAAGAGCCAAGGGGUGAAGAUGAAGAGAGUGAGGUCUGCAGACAUGAUUGUAAUCCUCAGAAGAAAGGAAUGCUUGGUGGGGAUCCUGGCAAUAAUUUUUGGAUUACUUCUAAUAGGCCAACAUCAAACAGGUUGGAUACUUGUGCUAAUAGGAAGGAAGAUCAAAGAGGCUAUGUGAUUGGAAGCAACAGUUUAGAACCUCAGGAUGCAGAUUACUCCGAAGUCCCCCAGCUCAAUGAUGAGGUAGAGAAUCAGAUUUUGGCAAGAGUUCCAAGAUCAGAGUAUUGGAAAUUUCCAUUGGUGAAUAAGCGAAUAUUUUCUCUUACAAAGAGUGGUGAGCUAUUUAAGAUUAGGAGGGAACUUGGGGUUAAAGAAUCAUCUGUUUUUAUUUUUACAACUGGAGACAGCGGCUGGUGGGGAUUUGAUCGACAGUUUAGUUCUCGUAGAAAGCUUCCAGACUUGCCAGCAGAUUCUUGUUUUUCUUCAGGAGACAAAGAAUCAGUUUGUGCAGGGACUCAUCUGAUCAUUUCAGGCAGGGAGAUAGAUGGUGUUGUGGUUUGGAGAUAUGAAUUGGAAACAAAUAGCUGGAGCAAGGGUCCUUCAAUGAUCAAACCCAGGUGCCUGUUUGCUUCGGCUUCCUGUGGUCCCUUUGCUUUUGUAGCAGGUGGGGUAACAGAGGCUGGUGCAGUUCUAAAGUCUGCUGAGAAAUACAAUUCUGAUACUAAGACAUGGGAAUCUCUUCCGAGGAUGCAAAAGAAACGAAGGCUCUGCUCAGGUUGUUACAUGGAUAACAAGUUUUACGUGAUCGGCGGCCGAAAUGAAGACGGAAGACGCCUUACUUGUGGAGAAGCCUACGACGAUGAUAAAAAGACAUGGGAACUCAUCCCGGACAUGUUGGAGGAUACUCCUGUUGCUACUUUUCAAUCUCCACCGCUUGUCGCCGUGGUGAACGACGAGCUUUACUCGCUGGAGACUUCAUCAAACGAGCUGAAAGUGUACUCAAAAAGGACCAAAACAUGGAGAAAAUUGGGACCUGUCCCAGUAAGAGCUGAUUCUUCAAGAGGAUGGGGUGUAGCCUUCAAGUCUCUAGGCAACGAGCUACUUUUAAUAGGCUCAUCAACAUCCAUGGCCUCUUAUUCAGGAGAUGGAAUGGCUAUAUAUACCUGCUGCCCAGAUGCUGAAGCUGAGCAACUGCAAUGGAGACCUCUUGAGUGUGGCAGAAACAGACUCAGCAACUUUAUACUGAACUGUUCUGUUAUGGUUGCUUAAAUUUUUAACGCACCAAGCAGCAACUGCUGAGUUUCCUUAUACAAGUCCAAUAAUAUUUAUAUUUGGAAACUAUGAUUUGACAGUUUAGGCACUAUAUCUAUAUUAAUAUCUCUCAGGUGUGAGGUGUUCCUCCAAGAUGUGUGAUGGAGGGAAAGAACCAAGGUGAAUUAUCUACUGUUUCUUUUUAUUCUCUGUCCAGGAUCCUGUCAAAUUGCGGUGGCUUUUAAUCCUGGUCCUGUUGAACAGUAUGUUGUGGAUGUAUUUGAAGGUUUUGCUUGAAAUUCCUCUUGUAGGUUUGCUUGAAAUGACAGGAUACAGCAAAACAAUGAUUUCAGCUUUAUCAAAAUGUCCAUUGAGCAUUCAAUUGAUAAUAAUAUUGUAUCUCUGGAACACAGUAAUUUAUCCAGUUAG